CACACAGUGUUCACAUUCGGUCACAUUAAGAUUCAAUCAAUCACAAUCAGACUCAACAUCUCGUUGCUCUGAAAGUGGUGUUAGAAACUUCUUAUAAUAUUAUCAUUGACAAAGACUGCAGAGGACACUAACUCUCUCUCUUCUCCAGCUCUUGGAACAAGUUGAGUGUUUUUCUAAUUUGUAGAGCUCCAUAGCAGCAUGUCAGAACUAAGUUCAGCGCCUACAAUGGAUAGGACUAGGUCGUCUAGGAGGCUUCAAAGGAGGACCUGUACUUACACCUCUCAGGACGAUGUCCGUGUGAGGCUAUUGAAGAGGAGAGCCAGAGAAGACGAAGCAGCACUGUCCUCUUCAGUGGACGUUCACAGAGAAAACCUCAUCUUAUCUGCGGAGGAUGAGAGCAAGAGAGGCGGUAAGAGAAAGAAGAAGAGGAGGCCAGACCUGGACCUGACAGAGACCAAGGACGACAAACUGUGCACCCCACAAAAUUUGCCCGCACACGUUCAAAGAGAGCUCCAUAGCAGCAUGUCAGAACUAAGUUCAGCGCCUACAAUGGAUAGGACUAGGUCGUCUAGGAGGCUUCAAAGGAGGACCUGUACUUACACCUCUCAGGACGAUGUCCGUGUGAGGCUAUUGAAGAGGAGAGCCAGAGAAGACGAAGCAGCACUGUCCUCUUCAGUGGACGUUCACAGAGAAAACCUCAUCUUAUCUGCGGAGGAUGAGAGCAAGAGAGGCGGUAAGAGAGAGAAGAAGAGGAGGCCAGACCUGGACCUGACAGAGACCAAGGACGACAAACUGUGCACCCCACAAAAUUUGCCCGCACACGUUCAAAGAGAGCUCCAUAGCAGCAUGUCAGAACUAAGUUCAGCGCCUACAAUGGAUAGGACUAGGUCGUCUAGGAGGCUUCAAAGGAGGACCUGUACUUACACCUCUCAGGACGAUGUCCGUGUGAGGCUAUUGAAGAGGAGAGCCAGAGAAGACGAAGCAGCACUGUCCUCUUCAGUGGACGUUCACAGAGAAAACCUCAUCUUAUCUGCGGAGGAUGAGAGCAAGAGAGGCGGUAAGAGAGAGAAGAAGAGGAGGCCAGACCUGGACCUGACAGAGACCAAGGACGACAAACUGUGCACCCCACAAAAUUUGCCCGCACACGUUCAAAGAGAGCUCCCUAGCACGUCUGAACUAAGUUCAGCGCCUGCAAUGGAUAGGACUAGGUCGACUAGGAGGCUUCAAAGGAGGACCUGUCCUUGCACAGAGACCGUCUUGCAGCACAGGACAAUGGUCUCCGAAGGUGAACACCCAGACACCUCUGAAGAGGAGCUCCGUGAGAGACUGUUGAAGAGGAAAGCCAGAGAAGACGGAGAAGGACCGUCCUCUUCAGUGGAUGUUCACAGAGAAAACCUGACGGAGACCAAGGACAGGACCAAACUCUACUCUGCACAAAAGUUGCCCGUCCACAUGCGAAGAGCUGCAUUCGAGGCCAAAUACAAACAACAGAAGAAGCUCGGCGAAGGAGGGUGUGGAUCUGUGUUUGCUGGCUAUCGCAAAGCAGAUCAUUUGCCUGUUGCCAUCAAACACGUUCCAAGCGAGACUCAGUUCAUCAAACACGUGUACAAGAACGGGAAUACGGUCUCCGUGGAGGUCGCCGCCAUGUUGAAACUCGCCGCCAAUACAAGUGGCUCAGCGGCCUCCUCGGCACCUGUGUCCCUACUGGACUGGUAUGAUCUGGAACAUGAGCUGAUCCUGGUGCUGGAGAGACCAGUCCCCUGCGUGGACUUGGCCACGUACAUCUGCUCAAAGGGAGGCUCCUUAAAAGAGGAAGAGGCCAAGAUCAUCAUGAAACAGCUGCUUGAUGCAGCAAUUGAGCUUCAGGAUAAGAGCAUCUUUCACCGGGACAUCAAGGUGCAAAAUAUCUUGAUCGAGACUGGCUCGGACGUCCCGCGAGUUCGCCUCAUUGACUUUGGUCUGAGCUGCUUCGUCAAGAGCUGCUCCACUUACCAACACUUCUACGGUACCGCUAAUCACAUCCCUCCGGAGUUGUACAUUAAUCAACGCUACAGGGCCGGCCCCACCACAGCGUGGCAGAUGGGAGUGGUCCUGUUUGAAGCGCUCCACAAGAACACAUCUUUUGAGACCCUCACGUUCCUCCAAAACAGUCUGAGAAUCAGGAAGACGCUGCCCAAAGUCAUCACCAGUCACCACCCUGUGAUGGCCUGGCGACCCGGUCACCACCCUGUGAUGGCCUGGUGA